AUGAACAGAAGAUGUGGAACACCUAAAGCUAAUUUAAACUCUAGCAAUAAAAAAAGGACUUUUUCUUAUCAAUUUUAUUCAUAUGAUCAGAGGGAAAGUUCAAAUAGGCUUAAAAGUGAAGUUGCUGUUAUUUCUAAAGAAUCAUACGAAGAAAAAUUACACCGAGAAAUAAUAAAAACUCCUAAGAGUGACAAAUGAUCUGCACACUUCAAAGAGUUAAUAUCUUACGAAGAGCAUGCAUGCAAAAAAUCUUCAAGAUUGCUUAAUACCCCAUUAUGUAAGCGAAUAGUAAGAUUUUACUGCCUCGUGAAGGGUCUAAUUAAAAUUUUUAUAUUAAUUAGUAUAAAAAUAAAGUCUUAAAACAAUAAUAAUUUUUUUUUAAAUAAAUUAGAUUUAAUUAUACUAAUUAAAAAAAAAUUAUAUAGAAACUUUAUUCUCUACCAAGAGGAGGUGAGUUGGAGAAACGGAAAUAAUUAAAAUAAAAUACAACGAGAUAAAAAAAAAGAAGCAGAAUAUUGAGGAGCAGGUCAAAUCAGCAAAAAAUCGAAAAAAUGAAUUAAAUUAUAGCAAAUUUUUAGAAAAUGAAAAAUCUCUUAAAGAGGAUAAAUAUCAGGAAGUUAAAAACAAAGAAAAAUGCAUAAAACAUCUAGAAAACGAAAUUAAAGAAAUUGAAAAAAGGGUUAAAGAUAAAAUUGAAGCAAAUGAUAAGCUCUAUAAAUCCAUGAAAAUAAACGAUUUUGAGUACAGGCAGCAGUCAGAAAGAGAGCAAGCAUUGAAGAAUUUAAUGAUCUGAAAGACCAAGUUGAUUAGUCAAAUAAAUGCAAAGCAAAACCAAAUGGCUUUGCUAAUAAACCAAAAGAAUUCUUUGAUAAAAUAUUCUGAAUACCUAUCUGAAGAGAAAUCUCGAAUUUAUAACUCAAAAAAAGAUUUCAAUUCUGCGCUCCAAAAAGUUGACAAAUCUAUUGCUCAGCUAAAAUCUUUUAAGGAUUCUUUAAGCAUUUUAAAAGAAAAUAUUUCUAAUAAAAAGAAAUCACUGUCUGAUCUCGAAAACUCUAUAAUAUUGAAAGAAAAAGAAUUGGAUUCAUUGAAUAAAAAUUCAGAAAUCACAUCAAGGGUUGCUAUAAAAAGGGAAGAGUAUGGCAUGCGGCUAACUAAAUUAAAUUGUCAAGAUGAAACCAUUAAGACAUUGGCAGCCCGUGAAGAGCACAUUUCAGUUUUAAAAGAAAAAAAUUCAAAAAUGCAGGAAUAUUUAGAAGGUUCCUUCACACGACGACUAUUUCAUAACGACUAUUUUUUUUUUGGCCUAUUUUUUUUUUGGCCUAUUUUUUUUUGGCCUAUUUUUUUUUAGCCUAUUUUUUUUUUGGCCUAUUUUUUUUUCACCUAUUUUUUUUGGCCUAUUUUUUUUUGGCCUAUUUUUUUUUUGGCCUAUUUUUUUUUGGCCUAUUUUUUUUUUGGCCUAUUUUUUUUUUUGGGCUAUUUUUUUUUGGGCUAUUUUUUUUUGGCCUAUUUUUUUUUGGCCUAUUUUUUUUUGGCCUAUUUUUUUUUUGACCUAUUUUUUUUUGGCCUAUUUUUUUUUGGCCUAUUUUUUUUUGGCCUAUUUUUUUUGGCCUAUUUUUUUUGGCCUAUUUUUUUUGCCUAGCCUCAUUCAUGAAGCUGCUGAGAGGACUACAACCUUAUUGAGAAACAGAGACCUUUCCUUACGCGAUUAAUAUUGAGUAAAUUAAGUUAAAAACUCCCUAAUUAAACCUAAAAUUCUCGAAAUUUUAAAAGCAAUGAAUUAGCAUUCAUGGAGUAAGAAAUCUGUUAAGGGUGCAUUUUUUGUUGGUUAAAUCGUUUUAAAACACAUUAAAAAUUAGAUUAAAACAAUUAGUAUGGAAUUAUGCCCAAAUAUUAGUAAAAAAUAGUUAAAAAAUUGUCAAAAAAAAGGCCAAAAAAAUAGGCCAAAAAAAAAUAGGCCAAAAAAAAAUAGGCCAAAAAAAAAUAGGCCAAAAAAAAAUAGGCCAAAAAAAAUAGGCCAAAAAAAAAUAGGCCAAAAAAAAAUAGGCCAAAAAAAAAUAGGCCAAAAAAAAAUAGGCCAAAAAAAAAUAGGCCAAAAAAAAAUAGGCCAAAAAAAAAUAGGCCAAAAAAAAAUAGGCCAAAAAAAAAAGGCCAAAAAAAAAUAGGCCAAAAAUAAAUAGGCCAAAAAUAAAUAGGCCAAAAAAAAAUAGGCCAAAAAAAAAUAAUCGUUAUGAAAUAGUCGUCGUGUGAAGAUACGAUUUAGAAGAUUUAGAGAAUAAAAUAAAGCUGAGCACGGAAAUUAUUAGACUUAAGAAUGACGCAAUCGAACAUUUUGAAAUAAGACAAGCGAAUGUAGAGCUUCAUAAAGAGUUUAAUCGGAAACGGAAAGAAAGAGAAUUGGAUUUGAUUGAUUAUAUGAAGAGAAAUGCGGAAGCUAAAGAAGAAGAGUUGACAAGAAAAGAAGUUUCUGUUAGAAAACUCAGCCACCAGUAG